AUGGGAUAUCAAAAGGCAUCUGCCCACUACUUUCAACUUGCAGGUGUGACUUCUCGACCCGACUCAAAGGACACUCUCGACGAGCUUGCGCUCCUGCCGGGCGUCUCUUCCCCCAGCACCCCUCUGCGCUACAAUGACGUCAUCCAGCUGAUUGACGUCCAGCGGCCCUAUUACGCGCUCUUCGAUAUGGCGCAACUUAGCAACGCCGCAAAACCUACAGUGCGUGGGUACUUCUUGAAAGAGUCUAGGCGGCAUGAGGAGAACGGGGAUCCUAUAAGCGGGAGUGAGCUGGGACGACACAGUGCGAUUAUGGGCUCGGUUGCGUGUGCCCUGGCGAACCCGGUGAAGGAGAAGCAUUACUACCUGGCGUUUGGGGCCAAAUCCGAGCGCAUCCAAGGAGGAGGCCAAGAGCGGUCAUACGAAUUGGACGACGAGCAAGCCGACCUUAUCCACGCCCUGGACCAGUCGAGUCGAAGCGGAGGCUUGUUCAAAGGGGUGGCAGAGUGCACGCUCUUCCGGCGCGGUAUGGCCAAGGCUGUCAUCACAAUCUUCCACUGGGGAACUUCAGGAACCUACGAAGUUUACGGACGCUUCGAGAUUACCUAUGCGGUCUUCACUUCGGAAGCCUUCCUCAAAACGGUCCCCCCCCUCCCCCACGGCUAUGCUGCCCCAAGCGCCUUCCCCCCUAAGGGCCGGGCGGGUGACCGAAGCAUGACGUCAUGCAGCCCGUACGUGGAUCCCGUCAGUAUAGUGGAGACCCCCGAGCUGCACACGGGCGACACGCGAACCGGGGAGCUGCGCUUUCUGGACGCCUCGAAAGCGGCGGGUCAUUUCCCCCUGCUCCCCGCACUCCCUGUUUCCGUGCUAGGAUCAAACGCGCUCAAAUGCGUGUCCUUCUUCGAGGGGAUUGAAAACUACCGGGUGCUAAAUUGUAAGCUUAAGUUUAGUAAGCUGGUGUGGUUGGGGCAAACGGUGCGGUUUUGUGCGUCCAGAAUGGGAGAAAAUGCUUACCGGAUCACCUUCAAGGUUGGGGAAGAGCAGGUUGGGAGCAUGGAGGUGGUUUUGGACGUCUAGCUGCACAUCGUUCUGGCGGUUUUGCCUCAACUUGCAGCAGUGUUAGAUUCGAUUAAGUUGACUCAAUUCGAUGGAGGUUCGAGACGGAAGAGAGUUGAAGGUUGGCAGAAGUGAAUUAGGGUAAUUGGGAAGGUUCAUUGCACCUAUGUAUAUACUCAGAGUUUGUUAGUAAAAGGUAGACGCACGCACAGAGUUUAACGUACCUCAGGCUGAGAGAAAACUUUCUAGUGUACCUAGGUAAUGUGGUACACUAGAAAGUGGACAGAAGGAGUUUGUAAAACCAGGGUAGACGCACGCUAUAGUUGCACGCGAUAUUGUAACGGUUUCAAAACCAGGAUAGGCGCACGCUUCAGACGCAC